UCGGUCAAAACCGAUUGCAGAUUCAUCUUCUCCAUGGUUGAUUAUGUGGUACGCGAUAACUUCUGGAUCGGGGUACUUCAGAAAAAAUUUUCGACAUCGUUUUGCCUUUGGUCCCAUACGGUAACAUUUUGAAAAAGUUUUGAGCAAGACCAUGGGAAAAUUUUUUUCUAAAGUACCCCGAUCCAAAAGUUACUGCGUACCACAUAAUCAACCAUGGAGAAAACGAAUCUGCAAUCGGUUUCGACCGAACAAGCUUUUGAAAUUUUUCGAUCCGGCGAUAUGGUAAAUCGUUCUUAUCUUUUCCCAAAUUUGAGAGUAAAUCGUACAUAUUUUUUUCACAAAUUGGGAGUAAAUUUGACCAAAUUUUUUAAAAAAGUAUGGGGGGUAAACCGAAAAAGAGCAUAGGGGUGUACGGAAAAUUUUUGUCGCCACUGUAAGUCAUGAGACCAGGGUGAGAAACGGAAACGGAUCUUUGAAACUGAAGAACAGUAACGGAUAAGACUUUGUUACACUGUGAGAGGAUGCUGAUUCCAGCGCAUACAAGGUUAUGUGUCUCGAUAAAGAGAACUGAUACAUAUAGAAAGAGACAAAAAGAACGCAUGAUAGCUCUAUGGUACAAUGUAAUCAUGAUAAUUUAACAAUUAUUUUCUCUCAAAUGAAGGCAGUGACGAACAUCAUAAUUUGUUGAUAUAUACCUAUAAAAAGUCUAAAUUUUAUACGGUAACCGUUGCUAUAUCAGUAAAGAAUUUCAUGAAAAACUUAUAUCCACAAGAAAUCCUCUUUCUGAUAUAACGUGAUGUCAACUUAAGUCAGAAGCAUAUUCGACAAACUAAGAUAUUUUUCAAAAUCCUUUAGUGGAAAUCAUUUAAUUACAUCUUAUCUAGAAUAUAACAAAGGUCUCUUAGUUUGCUCUUAAAACAAAGAAAAGAUUUAAAAGAUUUUAAACAGUUAGUAGUUGAUACUUCAGUCUGUACUAAGGUAUUUGUUUCUGACUGAUCUCUGGAAAGGCCAAAUGCAACAAAUCUGAUAAAAUCCUUCCAGAAAAAGAUGUUUAACCCUGAAAUGAUCUACUGUCACGUUCCAUAUUACAAAACUACUGCAUCAGUUCGUUACUUUUAGAUUCUUUAGGCUUGUUGAACUCGAAAAUCCAGCAUGAAUUCGAAUUAUGCUACGAAUGUAGACACUAUUAACAGUCCACGUGAUAUUGCACUUCAUGCGCUAUUUGAAAGUCGUAUAGAAGCUCGACAAGAGCGAAAUGAUCAGUUCCAAUUUGACGUCCAGCAAGUGUCUGCUGGCAAACCAUUAUCGAACGAAACAUUAGAAAACGGAGAACAGAAAACGUUAACUGAUAUAGGGUCGCUUGAAAAUAUAGAUUGUCGAAAUGAUAUUGUUUCUACUAUUGAAGAGUAUUUAAAAGACUUGGAUGAACAAGCCAAACUCCUCGGAAUCGAAAGAUCUUCAACAUCGAUCGCCGAAGAGGAACGUGAAUUUAGUCAACAUUACAAGACGAAUAAUUAUCCUAAAACUCCUAGCAAUAUUUUAAUUCAAACAACAACUCUAGCUCGUUUAUCAAUGGUUUUAAUCACUAAAGGUCUUAUGUGGGCUGCCAAUCAUUUAAGUCAAGGUGGGAAAAGUUUUCCAAAUUUUUCAUCCGUCAUUGCCUAUCUACGAGAAAGCCAUCGUGAAACACAUAUACCAAAUCAUCUUCUUCUCGAAUGGGAAAAAAAUAUUUAUUUGCUUGACUUGUUUGUCGUUGAUGAAUCACUCUAUUGCGAUAAACGGAAAGCGGCCGAUAUGUAUGAUAUUUGCACCUCGCCAGAGAACAUCUCAAAUCAUGCUGAAGAUUAUAAUUAUCUCAUAAGACUUCUGAAAAAUUUUGUUGAUUCUAAACCAAAGGGAGAGGAUGAUAUGUACAGAAUAAAUUCAGCUUUACUAAAAUUUUUCGAAGAAAUUCAAUUAUCACUAAUAGCAGACUCAACAAAAGUCAAAUCAACUACUCAGACUGAAUGGAGACAACAACAGACUACCAUUAAAGAUGAAUGA